GCGACCGCUUCGGUGGAAUCAAGUUGUAUUUAAUAAAAGCUGUGUAUAUUUGAUUCAUUCAAAAAUUUAUAAACACUUUAUUAUUAUUUUUACUGUCAAAAUAAUUAUAAAUAUAUAUUUAAAUCAAUUUUAAUUAAGCAUUUAAUUAUCAUCAAGUGAAUUAAACUUUUUAUUAUUUUUUUUUUUUUCAAAUUAUCAUUUUUUUCCCUCCCAAUUUUGUUUAUUUAUUUAUUGUUUUUUUUUUUAUUUUUACUUUAAAUUUUAUAUUGUUGAUUGAGAUUUUAUAAUGUGUUAAUAUCUAUAUAAAUAUUUAUAUAAUUUUUUUUUAAAUUAAAAAUAUACAAUUUAGUGAGAUUUUUUUAAUUUAUUUACAAUAAUAAUAUUGAGCUUUACGACUGAUUAAUUUUAUAUUAGUGUACAAUUGGAUUGAUAUAAUAUUGUACAUUUAAAAAAGUUUAAUUUAUUGUUGAUAUUAUUAUUGCUGUUAUUGUUAUUGUGUAUUAUUAAAUGUUGGAGUCGUGGAUGAAAUUAAAAAUAAGGGAUAUGGAUGAGGGUAAAAAUCGCGACGGAGGGCGUCAUGAUGACAGUGACUUGAUGGCCACGUGCUGCCCUAGCUGGCGCACUAUCAACUGAGGGAUAAAUAAAGGAUUUAAAAAAUACAAAAAAUAAUAAUAAUAAAAAUACAAUACAAAAAGAGGGACAAACAAAUAAAACAAGCACCAACGAAUGCAUAAAAAAAAGAAAAAAAAAAAAAAAACAACAACAACCAACAACAAAAUCAAUGGAUAACAAGUGGUUUAGUGUAUACAUGAAUGAAGUGAAUAUUGUGUACAUUGUGUGAUUGUUUUUUAUAUUUAUUUUAUUUUUUUUUUCAACUUAAAAGUGAAUAAUAGUUGUUAAAAAAUAUUGGCUCUUGGAGUGCAGCAAUACACUUUGGAUGCUAUAGAGUUAAUUAUCGAGUGCAGAAUUUUUUUUUUUUUUUUUCCUAUGUAAUUAAAGUGGAUUUUCAAAAAUCAAAAAGCAAAAAAAAAAAUAUACAUAUAGAAAUUAUUUGAAAAAAAAAAAAUAAUAAUAAUAAAAUUCCAGUCGUCGUCGAGAUAUCGACGGGACCGGAUACGUCGUGGAGGGGGGAGUAAUGCCGGUGAGGGUGGCGCAGCGCCCCCCAAGUGGUCUACUCCACUCCGGCCCAAUAUCACUAUCAAAUACAGGACCAACUGGCCAAGUUACAUCGGGCCGUUGCCUCGGGGGCCCUACCGGCUCCCCACCACUGCCGCCGGUAUUAUCACAACUUACCGGCAGCAAUAAUAAUAAUAUACAUAAUUUAAAUAAUAAUAAUAAUAAUAAUAACAAUUCACAUCAAGGAUUAAUAACAAAUAGUGUACAAAAUCCAUUAGCAGCAAUGGCCUCGGCGGCGGCCUCACUUACACAAUUAAAUAAUAUGGCAAAUGGUCCUUUACCGCCAUUGGGAAGUGGUCCCAAUGGACCAAAUUUGCCACCACCACCACAACCAGCAACAACACCAACUCAUUCACAUGGUGGACCACCAACACCUCAUGGUCCUCAUGGUCCACUUGGUGGAGGUGGUGGUGGACAAGGCCCACAUUUAAAUGGGGCAUCACCUAGUCCUCAUUCAAUGCCACCACAUGGUAUGAUGGUUGGUUCACCUCAUCCUGGUCAUAUGAUGCCUGGUGGCGGAGGUGGAGGUGGUGGUGGUGGUCCAUCACCUCAUUCACAUCAUCCAGGACCACAUAUGGUUGGUUCACCUCAUCAUGGUGGUCCUCAUAUGGGUGGACCAGUACCUGGUGGUAUGAUGGGACCUGGUGGUGGUGGUGGUGGAGGAGGCGGUGGUAUGCAACCUCAACCUGGUGGACCAGGUAUGUGUCCACCAGGUGGUCCACCAAUGGGACCACAUCAACAUCCACAUCCCCAAGGACCUGGUGUACCGGGACAACCACAUAUGCACAAUGAUCCUUUCUACUGUUCGCCAUUUGGCUCACCCUAUUACAGAUCAUUACCAGUACCCAGAAGACCUACUCCGUAUUUUGGACAACCAGAUAUUCGGUUAUACGAAUUAAAUAAAAGGCUGCAACAACGUACAGAGGAGAGUGAUAAUCUGUGGUGGGACUCAUUUGCAACGGAAUUUUUCGAAGACGAUGCAACGUUGACAUUGGCAUUUCUUCUUGAAGAUGGACCCAAAAGAUACACAAUAGGAAGAACAUUAAUACCCCGGUAUUUUCGUUCAAUAUUUGAGGGUGGUGUUACGGAGCUUUAUUAUCACAUAAAACAUCCAAAAGAAUCAUUUCACAAUACAACAAUAACUCUAGACUGUGACAAUUGUGUAAUGGUUACGCAUCAUGGGAAACCUCCAUUUAUGAAGGAAAAUUUUUGGUUUCAGGUGUGUACGGAGGGUAGAUUAAUAUUAGAAUUUACAUUUGACGAUUUAAUGAGAAUAAAAUCUUGGCAUCUAUCAGUGAGAACACAUCGUGAACUUGUACCAAGAUCAGUUGUUGGUAUGCAUACUGCACAACAGGAUCCAACAAUGCUUGAACAAUUGAGUAAAAAUAUAACUAGACAAGGCAUUACAAAUUCAACUCUCAAUUAUCUUAGGUUAUGCGUAAUAUUAGAACCAAUGCAAGAAUUAAUGUCACGGCAUAAAGCGUAUGCAUUGUCACCACGUGAUUGUUUAAAAACAACAUUAUUCCAGAAGUGGCAGAGGAUGGUUGCCCCGCCGGGUAAGCAAUCACAAAGGCCGGCAAGUAAAAGAAGAAAGAGAAAGGGUAGUACAUCAGGACCAGGAAGUAAUGCACCACCUGCACCAAGUAAAAAAAGAUCACCGGGUCCAAAUUUUUCCCUAGCAUCCCAGGACGUGAUGGUAGUGGGUGAACCAUCACUAAUGGGAGGUGAAUUUGGAGAUGAAGAUGAACGGCUAAUAACAAGGCUUGAAAACGCCCAAUAUGAUGCGACAAAUAGUCUGGACCCACACAGUCAUGAUACGUCCGGUGGACCACCACCACAUCCGCAUCAAUUUCAUUCAGAACCAACGCCAGGUAAUUCUUGGCCACCUGAUCGUGGACCAGGACCACCACAAGGUGGACCAGGAAAUCAGGGUGUACAAGGAUCACAAGGUGGAAGUGGUGGAGGUGUACAAGGUUCCCAAGAUUCAAAUCAAUCACAAGACAAAAAAAGCCCCGCAGUGAGCCAGUGAGGCCAGGAGUCCCCGCGCCCCCCAACCAGGGGGCGACGGGGGCGCAGGCCCAAAAAUGUAACUCCCUAGCGGGGCGAGAAUACAAAUAUCUCAAUGACCUCCAAUCUGACCUCACCAUUAACGGCCUCAAGUCGUUAUUCUGUUGAAACUGAUACACCAAUAUCUGAUUUACAAAUAAUUCCAGAUAAAUAUAAACAAAAUUACAUUACAAAUGGAUUUAUUAAUAAUCAGCAAACUGGUGAUGAUACAGUUACACCAGUCAGACAAUCUCAUCAGGGACAAACGGCCGAUCCACUUCAAAGUAUCGUACAACAAUUGCUGUAUUUACAUCAAUUCGAGUAUCUUCUUUCACAACGUAACCACUCGUAAUAAUCCUUUAUUUUUAUUUUAUUUUUUUUUCUCAUCGUUUAUUUAUUUUUAUCAUUUAAACAUUUAACGAAAAGCUAAAACCCUCAUUAUUUUAAAUAAACAAGUUUUAUUUAUCUGUUGAUAAUGAUCAACAAUUUUGGGCACAUGGUUGUUGUUGUUGUUGUUGCUGUUGUUGCUUUUUCUUUCAAAUUUGAAAUUUGUAAUACUUUUUGAAGCAUGAACUUCAAAGUAUUACAACAAGGUGCAAAUUUCAACUCAGGGUUUUACUAAAGUGUGGUUUCCCAAUUGAAAAAAAAAUAUAUAAACAAUGAAGUUGUUUUUUUUUUUUUUAAUACAUUACGAAACAAAUAUUUGUUUCAUCAGGGACUGGCUUAAUUUUAUAUUUUUGUUUUUGUCAAUUUUAUUUUAUUUUUUAAAAUGGCAACCACUAGGUUGUCCAAACACAAGUGAUAAAAAAAAAAAAAAAGAAAUUAAUGCACAAAAAGCAAGGUGAAUUAAUUAAAUAAUAAUUUUUUUAAAUAAAUAAAUUGUGAAACUGGUGAAUUGAUCGGUAAAAAAAGUCACCUGAAUGGGAAAAAAGUAAAGAGAGUUUGAAUUUGAAAAAAGUAAAAAAAAAUGAAAAAAAAAAAAAAAAGAAAAAUGAAAAUGAGAAAAAUAAAAAAAAAAUAAUAGUUGCAAAAAAUAAUGUGAAUGAAAUAUAAAAAAUAAGAUUUUAAAAAAUAAAUAAUAAAUUGGAAGAUAACACUCAACACAACGUGCACAAAAUGGGACGAUAUAAUGUGAAAAAUGAAAAAUAAAAUAACACAAGAAGAAAAAAAAAAGUAAUAAAAAUAUAAAAACAAAUUGAUAAAUAAUAAAUAAAUAAAUAAAUUGCUCUGUAGUGCGCGCGCUGUGAAUGAAUCUCUAUCCGUCAUCAGUAUUGAUAUAAUUAUAGAGUAAAUAAAUAUAAUACCAUAAGAGGUUUUGUAGGUAAUAAGUUACGUAUUUGUGCAAAAUGAAAAAAAAAAAAAAAAAAAACGAUUACAAGGACGAAUGAUAAAUUGAAUAUUCUCAUAAGUAUGUGAAUGAAUGCAAGUAGAAAAAAAAAAUGAAUUUUUAAAAACAAAUUGUACGGAAUUUUUAAUUAAUUUGACCGAAAUUUGUAAAAAAAAAAACAGAAAAAAAACGAAAAAAAAAUACACAAACGCGCACAGAUUUUAUCAUCCUCCUUUUUUUUUUUUUUUUUUUUAUUAUUAUUUAAAUUGCUAUUUAUAUUUAAAUUUGAAAUUAUGAAUAUCGAAAAUAAUGGAGGACACAAAGUGCAAGUAAUUUUUUACAUCAUUUAAUUUUAAAUUAAAAAAAAACCUCCUAAUCAUGAGAUAAAAAUAACGAUCAUCACAUUGAUGUGAUAAAAAUUACUAGAUAAAAAAUGAAUCAAAUUCAUUAUACAAUUUUAUUUUAUUUUUUUAACCAAUGGCAUAAUUUUAAUUUUUUUUUUUUACAAAUAAAUCAAUUUUACUAUUUUUUUUUUUAAACAUUUUAACAAAGAUAUUUGUUUCUUUAAUAAAUUGACCAAUUUGAAAAUAAUAUAUUUUUAUUUUUUAUAUAUCAUCAAUCAUGAAUAAAUUUUUUUUUAUUUAUUUAUUUGACAAAUGAAAGUAAAGUUUAUUAUUUUUCAUGUCAAAUUACAAUGAUUAUUGAAAGACUUAAUAUUUUUUUUACAACUUUUUCAAUAAUCAUUGUCGUAAAUUAUUUAAAUAAAAAAUUUAUAAUUUAAUUAUCAACGCACAUGAUUUUAAUAAAGCUGCAAAAUUUAAAAUCAAUUAAUUUCGACAUUUAUUUUUUCAUAGAAAAAAUAAAAUUAUAAUUUUUUUUCGCCUUCAAUAUGAAGGAUAAUAAUUGUAAAUUUAUAGGUACAAAAUCAUCACGAAUCUAGUUAAUUUUUUUUACUUAUACAAAGUUUUUUUUUAAUUUUAUUUUAAACAUUUUAAAACAUUAAAAAUUGUACAUCACUAUUUUGUUGUUUUGUAAAAACACACUCACGGUAAAUUUUAAAUUUUAGAAAAAUAAAUAAAACCAACAACAAAUAUAUAAAUUGCAUAAAAAGCAAAUUAGUUGUAUAAAAAAAUUGUAUAAAAAAAAAAAAAAAAAGAAAAAGAAAAUAAAGGAGACGAUAAUCCUACUGUUUCUUUUUUUUUUUUUCUUUUUUUAAACACAAAAUCGCGACUCGAUGAAUAACAACGAGCAAAAAAAUCAACUGACAAUUUGUCGUCAAAAAAAAAAAAAACGCAUAAACCGAAAAGAUAAAAAAUUAAUUAUAUAAAAAAAACACAUCAUUUUG